UGUGUUGAGUGGGCCCUGUUGAUUGCAUGUCAACAUGACAAGUUUAUAAUGGACAACAAGGAAUAAAGAACAUCCACUUUUACUUAGAUAUGUGGGGAGGCAGUUGUUAAGUAAAGGAAAAUGACUUCAAGACAAUUACAGAUUGAGCGAGCAAUUUCUCAGUUACACACCAUAUUCAGCAGACCUUUGGGUGUGUCUUGUACAUGUAGAUUGGGACAGAGAAUUUAUUACGCCACUGCCACCGGGGAAACAAGACAUAGAUGGAGUAGAUCUGACAGACGGAAAACACAGAAAACAAGUGAAGGUUCUUCGAUAAAGCUAGGCUCUAUUUUCCAACAGAAUAACCUAGGUGCCAUAAAAGAUAUUGGAUCCAAAAGUUUUGGGCUGAAUAAAGAAAGACAGUCACAGGUUGGAAGCACACAGUAUUUAAAUCCAGAUGAACUGGAGAAGAAAAUUAAGAAACACAUAGCAGAGAUAGAGCAGGAACUACGACAACUGAAUGCUAAACGUAAACAUUGGCAUCAAGUGCGAAUGGUGGCACUAGGGGUUACCGCCAUAGUCGUGUUGUUGGUAGCUUUUUACAUGAGAGGUAAGAAAUUGGAAGUGUCCAUAAAUCUCCCAGCAGGUGGUGCCAAUAACUAUAUGGUGGUCCAUCCAGAAAAGACGGGCAUUAAUUUCAGUCAUGUCAAAGGGAUUGAUGAAGUGAAAGAAGAGCUGGAAACUGUGGUCAAAUUUCUGAAAGAUCCUAAAAAGUACGCCAUCAUGGGAGCCAAGAUCCCCAAAGGUGUUCUGAUGGUGGGACCCCCAGGAUGUGGGAAGACAUUUCUUGCUAAAGCUACAGCAGGUGAGGCGGGUGUGAGCUUCUUUUAUGCUGCCGGCUCCAGUUUUGAUGAGAUGUAUGUAGGAGUUGGUGCUAAACGCAUUAGAGAUCUCUUUGAUGCAGCUAAGGCCCACGCCCCUUGUAUUAUAUUCAUUGAUGAAAUAGACAGUGUCGGGGUCAAAAGGUCACAGAGUAACAGCUUCGCAUACCAGACUCUACAUCAGCUGCUAAAUGAAUUGGAUGGAUUUAACAAUGAGACAGGAGUAAUAGUGAUAGCAGCCACAAACAGACCCAACUUCUUGGAUGAGGCCCUAGUCAGACCGGGUCGUUUUGAUGUCAUUGUUUCUGUCCCACUCCCUGACCUGAAAGGUCGAGAGGAACUGUUCGAACACUACCUUCAGAAAGUCAGGUGUGACAGCUCCAUUGAUGUGAACAAACUUGCCAGAGGAACAUUUGGGAUGUCAGGGGCUGACAUCAGUAACAUUGUAAACCAGGCUGCCUUCCAAGCAGCUCGUACCGGACAAACAGAGGUGUCAAUGAAAGACAUGGAGUUUGCUAAGGAUAAAAUCAUGAUGGGUGCAGAAAAGACAUCAAAACUAUCAGACCAGCAGAUGAUAGAAGUGAUGGCUGUACGCGAGGCAGCACAUGCCAUAGUAUCAUACUACACCAAACACUCCAUACCACUGUAUAAAACCACCAUACUGAGGAGGGGAACCAGUUUAGGACAGACACAAGUGUUGCCCAGUAAAGAGAUUUAUAACCAGACAAAGGAGGAGAUGGCGGCACGGCUGGAUUUCUAUAUGGCGGGGAGGGUUGCAGAGGAGAUGGUGUUUGGGAAGGAUAAUAUCACAACUUUAAGUGCACCUACAAUUAAAAGAGCCACAGAUUUAGCGAGGACGUAUGUCACUCAAUGUGGAAUGUCAGAAAAGGUAGGGACACGCGUGUACUCCAGAGAAGAUGAAGGUUUGACUAGCCCUGAGUACCAGGAUCUCAUUAACCAGGAAAUUAAUAGACUUCUCAAGGAGGCGUACAAGAGAGCACAGACUGUGUUACAGAAACAUAGAACAGAACUGAAUGUAUUGACUGAAAACCUGAAGAAGUACGAGACUCUCACAAAGGAAGAGGUGGAAACAAUACUGAAGGGAGGGACUCUGAACAAAUAAAGGUCAUUUACAUCUCUCUGAGAGGGAGGAUGUUAAAGAAAGUCCUGGUGGAGUUGCUAAGGAUUUAAAAAGCUGCAUCAAGAAGGCAUUUUCUUUUUUUUUUAAAAAUCAAGCUUGUGAAACCCUUGUUUGUCUCAAGACACAGAAUUAAAUAGUCCUUAUAGUGUUAUCCAGAAGUAUAAUUAUUUCUGGAAUGAGAAAGGAUUUGGAUUUUACCUGGAAAAGAUUCUUUGACAAACUCUGGUCAGCAUUGGAAUCAGGCUCCGUGACACUUCUGCAUCUUUUAAUGUAAGCAAAAUAUCCAAGUUUGCAACAGGAAUACCUUUGUACGAGUUAUGUUUCCUGCAGCAUAAAUACUUUGAAACAUGCAUAUUGUCAAAUCUGUAUUGAUGCACAUCACGUUGAAUUAUGUUUAUUAAAAUAUGAGGUGUGUACAUGUAUAAAUAUUUUGAUAGUUGUAAA